CCUCCGUUUGGGAUUGAGUUGCAGUGAGUGAGAUGGAGGGAAGGACAGGCUCUGAGCAGCGUAGCAGCGGGAAACAGGCUCUUGGAAUAUGGCGGCAACCACACAGGUCCCUGCUGUCUCUAGAGAGAAGUACGCCUUCAGAUGAGUGGUCAGCAGCUGAGGAUGAAGGCCAGCUGUCCCGCCUCCUCAGGAAACCGAGAGACUCCCCGUUCGUCCCUGUGGGGGUGGCAGGUUUUAUGGCUGUGCUGUCCUGUGGUCUCCACAAGUUGAAGUCCAGAAGAGAUGAGAAGCUGUCCCUUUGUCUCAUCCACGUGCUGGUCAUUGCCCAAGGCUGCGCUGUGGGAGCCGUGACCCAAGGCGUUCUCUAGUCUAUGUAUAAGGACUACAUCAGACCUCGCUUCUUCGAUGUACCCAAAAAAUAAAGCCAGAAGCUGAAAGCAAGGAGAACAAGAGCCUUCUGAGUGUGGGUCCUUAGAAAAGGAGUCUGACGGUGUGCGGAUCCCACUGCAGACUCCUCAGAAAGUCUGUGCUGACGUCUUGGUGUGCUACAGUCGUUCUAAAGCCACGGCGGUCUCCUGAGAAUUGCCCUGCUGAUGUCCCUUUUCUCACUCAAUCCCCCUCGCAGUAAUAACAGGUGCAGCUCAGGACCUUGGGUGUGCAGGCAGCAGCUGUACCUGCAUCAACAGUGCACUGACAGACUUCUAACCAGGAGCUUAGCAAAAACGUAGUCACUAUACACUCAGCGAGCAAUGUUAGUGAAUUUGUUAGGAAAGGGUGGUCAGGGAGGCAAUGUGGCACAGGGAGUGAAGGGGCUUGCUGCCUAGCCUGGCAACCUCAUUUGAUCCCUGCAGCGCAGAAAGUGGAAGGAGAGAAUGGACUCUGGAAGUUACCCUUUGACCCCACGUGUGUGCCCACAAACAAAUGAGGAGCUGUAGGAAUGGAGUGGGCAAUGUCCUUGCAGGUGGCCAGGGUUCAAUGCUCACAGCCACCUACACCAGGGAAGCAGACAGCACGCACAUGUGCGUGCGCAAGCAAGUACUCAUAAAUACACAGAAAAACAAAUCAAUAUUUAGAGCGGGGAUGGCAGCCUAUAUCCUCAGAAGCCAUGGGCAGGAGGAUCACAAGCUCCAGUCUGGUCUAGGGUUAUCUACCGUGAAACCCGCUCUCAUAAACAAAAGCAACAUUGGGGACGGGCAGUAUUUUACUGUGCAGCAGUGUCUGUACUCAAAACAGCAAUCCUUCUGUCUCAGCUCUCCUGUAUAG